AUGUUCGAGGGUAUCGUGAGUCGGUACUUAUCACAGUACCUCGGGGACUACUUCGAUGGUCUUGAUCGAAAGAACCUCAGUAUAGGGGUCUACAGUGGCCACGUACAUCUGCAGAAUGUCGACUUUAAACAGGAAGCAGUUGACAUGUUACAUCUCCCCGUGAAACUCAUACACGGCAAACUCGGCAGUCUGCACGUCUAUGUACCCUGGAAUAGACUAGGGUCAUCGCCCGUGGUGAUCGAGCUGGAGGAUCUCUAUUUCGUGGUGGAGCCGAAACGUAGAGAGGAAUGGAGCCAAAAAUACGAGGUAGCCCGAUUGAAGGCAUCUCGUGCUAAGCUGGCGACAGCUGUGGAUAUGCAAUGUGAAGUUAUGGCCCAACAGGAGGUCUUCGAUGAGAAUGAGGGUGAUAAUGUAGAUAAAGGAGGCAGCAGUAAUAAGAAGGAGAAUAUCAAGGAAGGGUAUAUAGCAUCGGUAUGUCGGAAAAUGGCGGAGAAUGUGGAGCUGAGGGUAUCUAAUAUACACAUACGCUAUGCCUAUAGUAAUGCUGAGCGCACAACUGGUGGAGCUUGUGGUAUAACUCUUAAAGGCUUUACCAUGACUACUACGGAUGCCUCUUGGUCGCCAGUGUUCGUAGAUAGGAACGCCCCUCCACCAGAGAGCGGUGUGAGGCAGGAUGAUACUAAACUGUAUAAGUUGGUACGGCUUGAGCGGCUGGCGGCGUAUUGGAAUCCACUGAUUAUAAGGAAGGCUGAGUCUACUCCAGCCCGCCCGAGAGGCCCAUCCUCGUCGAGGGUAUCAUUUGACACGAGUAGCUUCAUUAGUAUGGAGGAGGAUGGUGCAGGCGAUGAUGAUGAGGAAGGACUUAACCAGAGGGAAUAUAUUAUUGAGCCAGUAUCGGGGUCGCUGCGAAUGGUACGAACGCCAGUAGCGAAAAGGCUACGUCCGGAUGAUCCUGAAUUCGUGCCGAAAAUUCAACUCACAGGGGCGUUGGAUGUGGUAUCGAUCAAACUGACUAAGUCUCAGUAA